ACCUUAGUUCGUGCCAAUAUCAAAGAUAAUUUUUUUGGUAGUUCCGUAUUCGUAAAACUGGGUUUGGGCGCCUAUGCCAGUUCACUUCAUCUAGCGUAUCACAAAAUUUAUGUUGUUGGCUGGCAAUUUUCCUCAUAGUCAUUGCUGUUCAUAAUUGUUUCCUCUCUUUUAAAGUUUUUUUUAUCCAUUACUAAAUAUCUCUCAUGUAGUAUUAAGAUAUUAAUAUUAUCGAGUACUUAAAAUAUUAAUCGUUUUUAAAAAGUUAACUUCGCUAAUUAGAAAAAAUUAUGCAUCGAGCACAAACAGUUGUUAAUCAAUUGGUUCCCUAUGUACCAACUAUUGUUGGAAGACAAAAGUUUGCAACAUGGUUAAUAGGAUCAAAAUCUAGAUCCUUAAUAGGAAGUACUCGUUCAAUAACCGUGACAGACUAUAAGUAUGCUACUCAAGUAAAUCAAGAGCAAUUUUUAAAUGGAACUUCAGCUUCGUACAUUGAAGAAAUGUAUAAUGCAUGGUUAGCAGAUCCUAAAAGUGUUAAUGUGUCUUGGGAUGCAUUUUUCAAAAAUUGCUCAUUGGGAGCUCUUCCAGGUCAAGCAUAUCAAGCACCUCCAACUCUUUCUCCUCCAGGAAAAAAUGAAGUAUUGCUAUCUAGUAUUCUUCCUACUGUUCAAAAUACAGCAGCUAUUGGAGGAUCUUUCAGUGAAAAAAUGAUUGAUGAUCAUUUGGCUGUUCAAGCAAUCAUUAGGUCAUAUCAGAUACGAGGACAUCAUAUUGCACGUCUUGACCCUUUAAAUUUGAAUAAAGUGGAUCAAGAUGAUAGACUCCCACAGGAGAUUCUAUACGGUUGUUAUCCUCCAUUUGAGUUUAUUUAUAUAGGCAAACCACCCGAUAAUACUACAUAUUCUCAACAUCUACAGAAUAAAGUAGCUGAAUUAAUGGAGGAGGCUGAUAUGGAACGUGUAUUCAAACUUCCAUCCACAACUUUUAUUGGAGGAAAAGAUAAUGCUCUGCCACUUAGGGAAAUUCUCAACCGCUUGGAAAAUACCUAUUGUAGAUCAAUUGGUGUAGAGUUUAUGUUUAUUAAUUCUUUAGAACAAUGUAAUUGGAUAAGGCAACGAAUGGAAACACCUGGAGUUAUGGAAAUGGAUAAAGAACAAAAACGCCUUAUUUUGGCCCGUCUUACUAGAGCUACAGGUUUUGAAUCAUUUCUGGCUCGUAAAUGGUCAAGUGAAAAACGGUUUGGCUUAGAAGGUUGUGAAAUUUUAAUACCAGCUAUGAAACAGGUUAUAGAUAAAUCAACAGAGUAUGGUGUAGAAUCUAUUAUUAUGGGUAUGCCACAUCGUGGAAGAUUGAAUGUGUUGGCAAAUAUUUGCCGAAAACCAUUAAGCCAAAUUUUUACUCAAUUUGCAGCUUUGGAAGCUGAAGAUGAUGGCUCGGGUGAUGUCAAAUACCAUUUAGGAACAUAUGUUGAACGCUUAAAUCGUGCAACUAAUAAAAAUAUUCGAUUAGCUGUUGUAGCUAACCCUUCUCAUUUAGAAGCAGUUGAUCCAGUUGUUCAAGGAAAAACUAGAGCUGAACAGUUUUACAGAGGGGAUGGAGAAGGUAAAAAGGUUAUGUCAAUUAUGCUUCACGGUGAUGCAGCGUUCUGUGGCCAAGGUGUUGUGUAUGAAACAUUUCAUUUAUCAGACUUACCUGAUUAUACAACUCAUGGUACAAUUCAUAUUGUGGUCAAUAAUCAAAUUGGGUUUACUACUGAUCCUAGGCAUUCUAGAUCAUCACCUUAUUGUACUGACGUGGCUAGAGUGGUAAAUGCUCCCAUAUUCCAUGUAAACUCUGAUGAUCCUGAAGCAGUAAUGCAUGUUUGUAACAUAGCAGCUGAGUGGAGAAAUGUUUUUCAUAAAGAUGUUGUUAUUGAUUUAGUUAGCUACAGAAGAUAUGGUCACAAUGAAAUUGAUGAACCCAUGUUUACACAACCCAUAAUGUAUAAAGUAAUAAAGAAAACUCCACCAGUUUUAGAUAAAUAUGCAGAAAAGUUGAUAGAAGAAAAAGUAGUUACUAAAGAUGAAGUCAAAGAUGUAUGGGACAAAUAUGAUAAAAUUUGUGAAGAAGCUUAUUCAGCUUCCCGCAAAGAAACACAUAUCAAGUAUAAGGAUUGGUUAGACUCUCCAUGGUCUGGUUUCUUUGAAGGUAAAGAUCCUUUAAAAGUUUCUAAAACUGGUGUAAAAGAAGAAACAUUAAAUCAUAUUGGCAAGCGGUUUUCAUCACCACCUCCAAAUGCUGCUGAAUUUGUUAUUCACAGAGGUAUUGAAAGAAUAUUAAAAGCUCGCAUGCAAAUGGUUGAAAACCGUACAGUUGAUUGGGCAAUGAGUGAAGCAAUGGCAUUUGGAUCACUUUUGAAAGAAGGAAUUCAUGUUCGUCUGAGUGGACAAGAUGUGGAAAGAGGUACUUUCUCACAUCGUCAUCAUGUUCUUCAUCAUCAGUUAGUAGACAAAGCUACAUACAGAACAUUAUGUAAUCUAUACCCUGAUCAGGCACCAUAUACUGUUUGUAACAGUUCUCUAUCAGAAUUUGGAGUAUUAGGCUUUGAACUUGGUUUUUCAAUGACAAAUCCUAAUGCUUUGGUUUGUUGGGAAGCUCAAUUUGGAGACUUUAACAAUACUGCUCAAUGUAUUAUUGAUCAGUUUAUAAGUUCUGGACAAGUCAAAUGGGUUAGACAAUCUGGUUUAGUUAUGUUAUUACCACAUGGUCUUGAAGGAAUGGGGCCAGAACAUUCUUCUGCUAGAUUAGAAAGAUUUUUACAAAUGAGUUCUGAUGACCCUGACUAUUUCCCUCCUGAAAGUGAUGAAUUUGCUGUUCGUCAGUUACAUGAUAUAAACUGGAUAGUCGCCAAUUGUUCAACACCAGCAAAUUAUUUCCAUAUACUUCGUCGUCAAAUCGCUUUACCUUUCCGAAAACCAUUAAUUAUAAUGACACCUAAAUCUUUGUUACGACAUCCUGAAGCAAAAUCAAGUUUUGAUGAAAUGACAGAAACAACUGAAUUCCAAAGGAUAAUACCAGAAAAAGGAGCUGCCACUGAUAAUGCAGCUAAUGUGAAAAGAUUAAUAUUUUGUUCAGGAAAAAUAUACUAUGACUUGACCAAAGCAAGAGAAGAACGUAAUCUUGUUGACACUGUUGCUAUUGCACGAGUUGAACAAAUAUCUCCAUUCCCAUAUGAUUUGAUUAAACAAGAAAUUACAAAAUAUCACAAUGCAGAUAUUGUGUGGUCACAAGAAGAACACAAAAAUCAAGGGCCUUGGUCCUAUGUACAACCCAGAUUCUAUACAUUAAUGAAUAACACAAAAAAUAUCAACUAUGCUGGAAGACCAACUGCUGCUUCUGCUGCAACUGGAAGUAAAAUGCAACAUUUAAAAGAACUUGCUGCAUUACUUGAAGAAUCUUUUGCAAUCUAAAUGUAGAGUUAGAAAUAACAACUAGUAAUUGUGAUUAUAUUGUAUCUGUUAAAAAGUAUUCUUAAUAAAAAAUAUAGACCUACAAAGAUUAAUAAUGUAGGGAAAUUACCAUAAAAUAACUAAAGUAUGUACUUUGUAAUUAAAAUUGUUAAUUUAUUUAUUUAAGUUGUUAUUAUAGUAUCUAAUUAUUCUGCAAUA